CACUUGUGCGGUUGUCGUAGAGCUUUCGGCAUGGGCUGCGCUCCGACGAGCGCAGGCCCACCACCUGUCCGCAAACCUUCAGCUGCAAACCACGAGAAAAUCGUCGUCCCAACCCACCAAUCGAUCACGUAUUGACUCAUCUCUGAGUCGGAGGUUGAAGGCAGAGAAAGCAAUGGCGUGAACGUCUUCAACCUCUGCGCCUGCGUUAAGCAAAUCGCACGUGUACAGCUCUCGUGACGUGACGAAGCCGUGCAGCCGCUGUUUCUUCUGGUGCUUUCGCAAGGUAGGGCGCUACAAAAAUCUGCCGGGGAACACGGCCACGCGUCGCCAGAUGUGCGGCAGCGGCUGGAGCUCCCUCGGCGCGGGUAGGGAAUAUAAAGCGGUCCCCCGGGCUUCCCACCUUCCCUCCCGUCCAUGAGAGCGCAUCGAGCGUGUUGGUCUGGUGCAAAGAGUGCUCUUCCAUCAAGAAGAAGCAGUCCUCGGCUUUAAGAUGACGGUGACUCCCGGGAUCACGAUCAGCGACGGGAAUCUGGUGGUCUAUGGGAAGACCAUCCUUACCGACGUCCCGGACAACAUCGUCCUCACUAGCGGCACCGGCGCCGGCCUCAUGGCUGGGGCCUUCAUCGGCGCCGCCGCCUCCGACAGCAAGAGCCUCCACGUCUUCCCCAUGGGCACCCUCCGGGGGCUACGGUUCAUGUGCUGCUUCCGUUUCAAGUUGUGGUGGAUGACGCAGAGGAUGGGAACGUGCGGGCGGGACGUGCCGCUGGAGACGCAGUUCCUGCUGGUGGAGGGCAAGGAGGCGGAGGCGUCCACCGUCUACACCGUCUUCCUCCCGCUCCUGGACGGCCCGUUCCGUGCCGUCUUGCAGGGCAACGACAAGGACGAGAUCGAGAUAUGCCUGGAGAGCGGAGACGAGGCGGUCGAAACAAAGCAGGGGAUGCACAUGGUCUACAUGCACGCCGGCGCCAAUCCCUUCGAGGUCAUCAGCCAGGCGGUGAAGGCGGUGGAGAAGCACCUGCAGACGUUCCACCACCGCGAGAAGAAAAAGUUGCCUUCCUUCGUGGACUGGUUCGGGUGGUGCACGUGGGACGCCUUCUACACAGACGUCACCGCCGAGGGUGUGGACCAAGGCUUGCGAAGCUUGUCCGCGGGCGGUGCUCCGCCGCGUUUCCUCAUCGUAGACGACGGGUGGCAGCAGAUCGGCAGCGAGGUCAGGGAUCAGACGGCUGCCGUUGUCCAGGAAGGAGCACAGUUCGCCAGCAGGCUGACGGGGAUAAAGGAGAACGCCAAAUUCCAACGCAAGCAGGGCGAGGGCGAGCGGCGCAGUGGGCUUAAGCAGGUAGUGGAGGAGGUCAAGAAACGCCGCGACGUGAAGUUUGUGUACGUGUGGCACGCAAUGGCCGGAUACUGGGGCGGGGUGAAGCCGGCGGUGCAGGGGAUGGAGCACUACGAGAGCGCGCUGGCGUACCCGGUGCAGUCGCCGGGGGUGAUGGGCAACCAGCCGGACAUUGUCAUGGACAGCCUCUCCAUCCAUGGCCUCGGCCUCGUCCACCCCAAGAAGGUGUACAGCUUCUACAACGAGCUGCACGCCUACUUGGCCGCUUGCGGCAUCGACGGCGUUAAGGUGGACGUGCAGAACAUCAUCGAGACGCUGGGCGCUGGCCACGGCGGCCGCGUCUCCCUCACCCGCGCCUACCACCAGGCCCUCGAGGCCUCCGUCACCCGCAACUUCCCCGACAACGGCUGCAUCUCCUGCAUGUGCCAUAACACCGACGGCCUCUACAGCGCGAAGCAGACGGCGGUGGUGAGGGCGUCGGACGACUUCUACCCGAGAGACCCGGCGUCGCACACCAUCCACAUCUCCUCUGUGGCCUACAACACCCUGUUCCUGGGGGAGUUCAUGCUGCCGGACUGGGAUAUGUUCCAUAGUCUCCAUCCAGCAGCAGAGUACCACGCUGCUGCUCGAGCAAUUGGUGGCUGUCCCAUCUACGUUAGUGACAAACCGGGCCACCAUAACUUCGAGCUACUGCGUAAGCUAGUGCUGCCGGACGGCUCCAUCCUGCGCGCGCAGCUCCCGGGUCGCCCGACGCGCGACUGCCUCUUCUGCGACCCAGCUCGUGACGGCACCAGCUUGCUCAAGAUAUGGAACGUCAAUAAGUGCUCCGGCGUGGUGGGGGUCUUCAACUGCCAAGGCGCCGGCUGGUGCAGGCAUACCAAGAAGACUCGCGUGCACGACGCCGCCCUGGGUACACUCACGGGCACAGUCAUUGCCACCGACGUCGACGCCAUCGCCCAACUCGCCGGCCCGGAUUGGGGCGGCCAAGCUGUCAUCUAUGCCUUCAAAUCAGGAGAGCUGAUUCGGCUACCCAAGGGAGCAACGCUGCCGGUGACUCUCAAAGUUCUCGAGUACGAGGUCUUCCAUGUCUGCCCUGUCAAGAACAUCACCCCGAGCAUAUCAUUUGCGCCGAUUGGCCUGCUAGAUAUGUUCAACACCGGCGGCGCGGUGGAGCAAUUCGACGUGAGCGUGACGUCAAACCACGCCGCCGCUGGACAAGACGACGGCCACGUCCCCAGCGAUCCGACGGCCACCCUGAGCACGGCCACUGUGGCACUUCGGGUGAGCGGCCGCGGGCGUUUCGGGGCGUACUCGUCACAGCGGCCACUCAGAUGCACGCUCGAUUCGUCGGACGUGGAGUUCAGCUACGACGAGGGGACUGGGCUUGUGACCAUCAACUUCCCGGUGCCGGAGAAGGAGAUGUACAAGUGGAGUCUGCAGAUCCAAGUUUAGAGGCAAAGCAGGAAGAUUUGAGGGUUGGGGAGUUGAAAUGUGAUGAUGCGUAGAUGACUACUAAUGAGGUGAUUUGAGGUGGAUGCAGCAACGUUCUAAUAAACAGCUAUCAUCGCACGAAACGAGCUCUCUGCCAUUGCUGACACAUUUGAAGCUUCUUCUUCUCAAUCAAAUGAUAUUAUGCUGAGAAGUUGACCUGUUGCUUUCAAACCGAUUGCCUGAGAUCUAAUCUACAGACAUUAAGAUCUGUGCGACAAAUAAAACAACAAACAGGAUUACAAGCA